CCUUAUCGGUGCAUAUCACACACGAAACGAAAAAACCGCAUCGAGCUCGAAUGAUAAUAUAAUCAUAAUAUACGGAAAACAACAUCUUCAGCAAAGAUGCGAUUAUCGAGCGUAUUUGCCGCUACAACGCUUCCAGUCGUUUUCGCUGCUGCUCAACAAAGAGUGAUCGCGCAUUCAACAAGCAUGAGAAUCGAAGAUGCGCCUGGUUCAAUGACCUCCACACCUGUUCUUGUCAACUCCACCGAUUCGCUCGUACAGCCUCCGAAGCCCCUGACGACCGUAGCUGCGGAGAAGCCCGCGUUGGAGAAAGCUUCCGUUAUGGGUCUCAUCGUCUUCUCGGCCGCUGGGUUGUAUCUAUUAUGAACUGGAAUGAGUUGUUGGGUCGGCUAGCAUUUCAUUGGCGUUUAGGGACGUGAUCAUGAAUUUUUGGAACGGUCCGGGAUUGCUUCCAAUAC